ACGUCAAACACACGUCAGUUGGGCAGAAUGAAAACAUAGCAGCAAAUAUACAACGAGAGCACAACACUUUUGCAGUAGAGAGGCAAUAGAAAUUGCGUACCUUUCUGCACAAAAUGAAGCUAACGAUAAAAAUACUGAAAGGAGAGGAAUACUCCGUUGAGACCACGCAAGACUCCACAAUCCAGCAGAUCAAGGAAGAAAUCGAGAAAAAAAGCUCAAUACCAGUUGAACAUCAAAAGCUGCUGCUGGUGGGGAAGGCAUUGGCGGACGAGAAGACAGUCGCUUCCUACGGUAACAUUUCAGAUGGGACAAAACUAACGCUCGUGGUCAAGAAACCGGAUCCUCUACGCGACGUCAUUUAUCGUCACUUCAAGCGCUACCUGCAGGAAGAGCAAUCGCAACGAUUAACCACGCGAUUUAUGGACGAUUUUGAACAAAAGCUAAACCAACUCAGCUUGGACGAUUUGGAAAAGAUCGCUACGGAAAUGUUAGCUAAAAAGGGACAAAGUGUCACGAGUGCUGAGAAUGCAUAACCAGCGGGCAAGCGCUGGAAGGAUGGGGGCUCGUGAAAAAAGUGAUGUUCCAUUGACCGAUUAACAUUGUUUAAAUAUAAAAAAAAAUAAAUCAUUUCACUAUCGUACUGCCGUAAGA